AUGAAGACUUCUCAGAUCCUGGCCGUCCUCGGCUUCUCCGCCUUCGCCAUGGCUCAGAGCAGCAGUUACACACUCGCUCCCUCUCCUACCGAGAGUUAUGGCUGCGAAAGUCAUUCGGACCAUUGGCACUGCGAGGGUGCCCGCGCUACCACCGGUGCCGGCGCUGCUACCACCCUGAGCACCGCCACCACCACGGCCACUGCCACCGAGGACCACGAUCACGACGACGAUGACCAUGCCUCUGGCACCGGUUCUCUUGCUCCUUCGCCUACGGAGUCAGCUAACUGCUCGCCACAUGGAUCUCACUGGCACUGCGAGGGCCCCGCUGAGGCCGCCUCAACCAGCGCUGGCAACGCCACGGUCACGACCACCACCGCUGCUACCACCGGCACCGGCGCCGCCUCCACGUCCGCCAGCGGUGCUGCUGCCACCUCUACCGACGUCCCUGCCGGUGCUGCCCGCGUCGGCUUCGGUGCUGCUGCCAUUGCCGCCGCUCUCAUGGCUAUCUAA